AUUCUCGAUAUGAAGAGACAGAUAAUUGUAUUUGUUUUAGUGCCUUUGCUUAUUUUGCCGGACAUCACACAUCCGCUGGAGGGCCCGGAUGACUUCGAAAUCCCUGAGGAAGUGACUACACUGCAUGAAAAUUUGGGUCCUGUUCUGCCCAGACGCAUUGCAGGAAGGACUCGAGAAACCCGAGUUGUGACUGCUGAUGAAAAUAACGCCACGGGCAAAAUGAUUGAGAACUACUGCUGUUUCUGGAUCUACCAAGCACAUCCACCAAUUCCCCAUACUUGGAAACAUAUGGCCGUAUAUCCCUUCGAUUUUCAGUUCAACGGACAGUUUGUCAAAAAUCGACGCCACAAUGAAACUGAAGUGCCUCCACCCGAAAAGCAAAUUUAAAGUUUGUUUUUAUUAUUUAUUUUUAAAAAAUUAAUAUUAUUACGUUGUUGUGAGAACGA